UGUGUCUAUUCAGGAUUGCAUGUAUACGUCAUCCCAAUGUCUUUUGUUUGAUUAAAGCAGUGUGACUACAACUACCGUGUGUAUCACUCGUAUUCCCCGAUGCAACAGUGGCGACGAGCGCGCAUCUAAUAAUUACCCACGUGCCGGGGAAAUAAAAAAUGUCGGUCGAUCGGGUGUCGUUGUCGGUCGGGAUUUUAUCGACUUUUGACCACGGUCGUGGUGACUCUUGGAAGUCAUAUAAAGGUCGACUGCUACAGUGGUAUAUCGCGAACGAUAUAAACGCGACAACAGAUGCAACGGGGAUCAGACGACGGGCUAUUUUACUUAGUGCACUCGCGGAAGGAUCAUACCAACUUGCGGUGGAUUUGGCCUUGCCGAAAACGCUAGAAGACGUUCCAUUCGAGGACAUACUAGCUAUCUUGGACGCACACUUCACACCGAAGAGGUUGGGCAUCGGUGAGAGGCAUAAAUUUUAUGCAGCAACACAGCAACCGUCAGAGUCGCAUACAGAAUGGGCGGCUAGACUGCGGGGGCUGACGGCUCAUUGUAAUUUUAGCAACGUGGAAGAAGCACUGCGGGAUCGCUUUGUAAUAGGCAUGCGGCCGGGGCUCGAGAAGGAGAAGCUGUAUGCUAAGGAUCUCACAGAGCUCACUCUCACGAAGGCGGUGGAGCUGGCGGAGAGUAUCCGGUGCGCGCACGCUGGAGCUGCUAGCAGUUCCAAUGCAGGUGUCAUUGCGAGCGCGGUUGAGGUGGAGCGCGGCGCCAUGUUCAAGAUGGAAGGAACAAAAAGUGAUAGCAAAAAUAGUGCAAGUGCUGGUGUGAGUGCGACAAAAUCUAAAUGCCAUGUCUGUGGAUUUUUCCAUAAAUCAAAAAUAUGUAAAUAUAGGAAUCAUGUGUGUAACCGGUGUCAUGUCACGGGGCAUCUUCGAAGGGCAUGCCCCCAGAUAGGGUACGUAGCCACAGGCGGAGCCGCCGAGGACGACGAUGAUGACGGUAAGUUGUAUAAUAUACGUUCGGUGAAGGGCGAACCCAUGGUGGAAUCAGUGGAUAUCCGCGGAAUAAAAAUAAAAUUUGAAAUCGAUAGUGGUUCAUCAGUUACUGUAAUAUCCGAGAAUACCUACACAAAACAUUUCAACGACAUACCGUUGACAAAAAGUAAUAAGAGACUCGUGAGUUAUACGGGAGACAGCAUUUUAUGUUUAGGUAUGAUUCGCGUACCGGUGUCAUUCGAUGGACGAUCGCAUACUCUCGACAUUUUUGUCGUACGCGGCGGCGGCCCGCCGUUACUAGGUAGGGACUUUAUUUCUCUUUUUAAAUUGGAGCUAACUUCGGUUAAUUAUUGUAAACAAACCGAAAAUCAAGUCAAAAGGCUUCAAACACAAUAUCCUCACAUAUUUUCAGGCAAAUUAGGAUGUUUUAAAAAAUAUAAAGUGUCAUUGACUUUAAAAGACAAUUCGAAACCAGUUUUUUUUAAAGCUAGGCCGCUCGCGUUCGCCUUACGAGAUAAAGUUAAUAAGGAAAUUGAUAGAUUACUCGAGUUAGGCGUACUGAAACCCGUGGAGCAUUCUGAAUAUGCGUCGCCGAUCGUACCCGUGCUCAAGCGAAAUGGCUCAGUAAGAUUAUGUGCUGAUUAUUCGGUCAGUAUAAAUAAACAAUUAGUUAUUGAAAAAUAUCCCUUGCCUACAGUGAGUGAGCUAUUUUCAAAGCUUCACGGGGGCCAAAAGUUUACAAAGUUGGAUCUCUCUAUGGCUUAUAACCAAUUUGUAUUACAUGAGGAAUCACAGAAAAUUACCUGUAUCAACACUCAUCGUGGAUUGUAUAAGUACACCAGGUUAGUGUUUGGGUUGGCGUCUGCGCCGGCUAUUUUUCAGCGCGCAAUGGAGAAUGUGUUGUCAGGCAUGAAUGGUGUUCUUUGUUUAUUAGAUGAUGUUUUAAUAACCGGGGCCAACGACGGUGAGCAUAUGGAUCGGUUGCAUGCGGUACUGCAAAGACUACAAGGGGCAGGGUUAACGUUACAAAAGGAAAAGUGUGAAUUUUUUAAGGAUGAAGUAAGUUAUUUAGGGUAUGUUAUAAACAAAGACGGGUUAAAGAAAUCAUCCUCAAAGGUCAAAGCUAUUUUAGAGGCAUCGGUUCCCGCUAAUGUUAGUCAGUUACAGUCAUUUUUAGGCCUAGUUAACUACUAUCGCAGUUUCGUGCCCAGCGCAUCAACUAUCUUAAGCCCUUUAUAUGAGUUGUUAAAAAAGGGGGCUAAAUGGAAUUGGGAUCAAUAUCAUAGUAAGGCAUUUAAUACAAUUAAAAGGCUGUUAGCGUCAGAUCAAGUGCUUACUCAUUUCAAUCCUAACGCAAAGUUAAUUUUAACGGUCGAUGCAUCCCCGAGCGGGUUAGGUGCAAUUUUGUCCCAAAUCGAAAGCGACGGAACCGAGAAACCGAUAGCCUUCGCUUCGCGGACGCUUAGUGCUGCGGAGAAACAUUACUCGCAGAUUCAGAAAGAAGCCACGGCUAUAAUAUUCGGAGUCCGACGCUUCCAUCAAUAUUUGUAUGGUAGGGCCGAUCCCUUCGUACUUCGCACUGAUCAUAAGCCUCUCAUAUCAAUAUUCGGGCCGCACAAAGGUAUUCCGGAAGUAUCGGCAAACCGUUUACAGCGAUAUGCUAUGUUUUUAAGCGGCUAUAACUAUACGAUAGAAUACGUACGAAGUAUAGAUAAUAGCGCGGAUUACUUGUCUCGCGCGAGCCUCCCUGCCCCCGCGUCCGGGGGAAGCGGGCCGGGUGCGGCGGAGGGGAGCGCGGGGCGUUGCGCAGACGCAGCCGCGGCAUUGUAUGAUCGCGCGGCCUAUGUGUGCUUCGUAAUCGACGGGUCGCUCCCGGUAUCGCUGGAUGAGUUACGUAAGGAAACGGAGAAAGAUGUAAUACUGUCGCGAGUUGCGAGAUAUGUUUUACGAGGCUGGCCGCCCAAAGUGAAUGAUAUCGAGAUUAAGCCAUAUUAUUUUUGUAGGAUGCAACUCUCCUUGGAAAACGGUUGCCUCAUGAGGGGUCAUAAGGUCGUAAUUCCAGGGGCGUUGAGAGCGAAGGUACUUUCGGAACUACAUUCUUCACACUUAGGCAUGGUAAAAACUAAAGCAGAAUGUAGGUCACGGUUCUGGUUCCCUGGAAUUGAUGCCGCUGUAGAAGAUAUAAUAGGUACUUGUAACAUCUGCCAACAGCUACGACCUGCAGCACCCCGUGUACCAAUUUCGCCUUGGGAGUUUCCAUCGCGUCCUUUCCAACGCGUCCACAUGGAUUUCCUCGGUCCGAUUAACGGUCGUACCUAUUUAGUUAUAGUAGACGCGUAUACCAAAUGGGUGGAAGUAUACGAUAUGGUCACCACUACUACAUCGGCCGCGGUCAUCGAAAAGUUGUAUGAGUUCAUGUCACGGUUCGGGUUAAUGGAAUUUCUUAUAACAGACAAUUUCGCCUCCUUUUGUUCGCAGGAAUUUAUUAAAUUUUGCGAUGUGAACGGAAUCACGCACUUGACAUCGCCGGCGUAUCACCCGGCUAGUAACGGCCAGGCAGAAAGCUAUGUCAAAAUAAUAAAAAAGGGCAUCAAAUCGAGUCUAAUGUCUAGUCGCAAUAUAAAAGAAUGCAAGGUUAAAAUGUUAAAAUAUCUAUUCGACUAUCGAAAUUCGCUACAUUCCACCACGGGGUCGUCGCCGGCGCAGUUAGUUUAUGGUCGAAAAUUAAGAACGCGAUUAGAUUUGAUAAAUCCGAUAUCAUCGCCGCCCUCGUCUGCCGCCUUGGCUAAUUUUGUUAAAAAUCGACAGUGUACACAAGUUAGAGGUCGUGGAGGAAAAUUUCAAAAAACGUUUUCGUUAGGUGAUAAUGUGUUAUACAAAAAAUAUAGUAACAAUAAUAAGUACAGUUGGUGUAAGGGACUAAUUGUUAAGAAGCUCGGCAGAGUAAUUUAUUUAGUCAAGGAUUGUGAAACGUUGUUAGUUGUUAAGAAACAUAAAAAUCAAAUUGUUUUAAAUAAAGAGACAAGUAACAACCUCGACUUCUGGGACGAUGAUAAUAUAGGACAGCAGUCAUCAUCAUCACCGACACAACCUGAGGGUGGGAGGAAUGAGGAACCGGUAUCAGCACCCGUGUCGGCCGGCACGUCCGGCUCGUCUGUCGCGAGCGCUGCUGCCGAGACAAACGAGGAUCCGCCCUUAGCACCCGUGUCGCCCGGCACGUCUGGCUCGGCUGUCACGAGCACCGCGGCCGAGACGCCCGCUACACCCGAAGCACCCGCCGCCGUGCCGUCACCUCCAGCGGACGACUCGCCUGACAGAGUGACAAGAACCCGAGGAGUACGGCGACCGCAGACAUCCGAUGAUGAGUUCUUCGAGUGUAUAGAGAGUGAUAUUCGGAGGCCCUCUGCUCGAACUCGAAGGAGGUUGUUACGUCAACGUCUCGAUAACUAGAUUAAUAUAGCUAUUUUACGAGAUUGUCAAUCUAGGGGAAGGAGUGUUGUAUAUGUGUCUAUUCAGGAUUGCAUGUAUACGUCAUCCCAAUGUCUUUUGUUUGAUUAAAGCAGUGUGACUACAACUACCGUGUGUAUCACUCGUAUUCCCCGAU